CGUAGGAAUUCCCUCGGUGAGAAUGGGGUCGGCUUCAGUCUUCACCUGGGAAAAUUUCUGUGGGAUCGCGGCGUCGGCCAGUCGAUGUCUCCAUAAAUUUGAUGUCGUGAUCCCUGCUCGCGACUUUUUUCUUCUUUUUUUUCCCUCUUUUUUUGCCCUUCGAAUCCUUCGCAGAUCGUUGUCUUAUCAGACGAGCCCCGAUGCUACGAUAUAUGCAACAAUCCAUCCGUAGUUCAAACCCGUUGCUCCGUCUCACUUAGCCGCCAACCACGCGACAGGGGUGGAAGCUUAUUGCCCGAUCAGCAACUGCCGUUUGUUGACUUUCGAAAAGCUGGGCGCUUAGGCUGCGACUAGGCAAUGACCAAGCACAUCCUGUUCCAAGGCGAUCUGUUUCAUAGAGCAACACGACGCAUUUGACGAAGAACGCUUAGAAACAAGCCUUCCAAUACCAGAAUCCGAUCACUCGUAAGAGCCGACGACCUCUCUGCCACCGCCCUCGUUCCUGUUCUCCGGUUUCUGAGCUGGGAAGCUCUGACAGACGCCUGUGUACAUCCGCCGCUCCCGAUACUUUGAACCACGAAACCGCAAUGAACGCUACCAAACGAAAGUUCAACGCCCUUAUUCAGGGCAUGGGCAGGUCAUCGGCGUCUACAAAGUCAAACGACUCCGCCAGCCUGCCAAAUGAGUCACCUCGUCCAUCCACGACGUCCCUUCAGCCUACCGAUACAAAUUCAUCGACCGCGACGACCGCGACCAUGACGACGACGACGACGAACGUCAACAACACCAAGACCAGCAUGUCGAUUGACGAAGACAUACUGCUGAAGCGCCGGCGCUUGCAGGCACUGACGGAGAAGAACGCUGCUACGAUCAAGAGUUCACCUUCCAUCCGUGCGACAGGGCCAGGAACGACAAUCACAAACGUUGUGCUGAAGAAGUGGACGCCCAACUCGUCCAAGGUGAUAGAGGUUAAGGUUGCAUCCAAAUUCGCGCCGAGCGAUCGAGGCGAGCUUCUGAAGAGGCUGGCUUCGUUCCAGGAGAUCACAGACUGGACGCCAAAGCCUGACGCGGUGAACGAAGUUGAAUGGGCCAAGAGGGGAUGGGUAUGCCAGGGAAAAGAUCGCGUGCGGUGUACGCUGUGCAACAAGGAGCUCGUUGUGAAGCUGAACAAACGCGAGGUCGAUGGCAAGGAGGUGCCGGUUCUCGUCGCGUCGGAUGUCGAGGAAGCGUUAGUCGACAAGUACUCGGACCUGAUUGUCACUGCACAUACGGAAGAGUGCUUAUGGAAAAGACAGGGCUGCGAUGAUUCACUUCUUCGAUUGUCCCUGACCAAUGCCAAAAUUAGUAUGGAGGCAUUGCGACACCGAUACGAUGAGCUGUGCGGAAGGAAGCCUUUUCUUCCCUACGAGUUCAAUCUGAGGCUCCCUGAGGGUCUCGACAUUGACAACGUUCUGUCUCAAUUACCCGACGACUUCUUCACCAACCCGCCACCGGCCAAAGACUCUCCGGACCCAAAACAACCCAACAGAGUCGCACUGGCUUUGGCCUUGACAGGGUGGCAAGGCCUCACAAACCCUCGUAUUGGCGCGGUGCCGAACUCGGCGUCCUGUCAUACGUGCUUACGGCGGCUAGGACUGUGGAUGUUCAAAAGUAAGGAGGUCAAUGGCGACGGCGAAAUUCUUGUCCCCGCGCCAAUGGAUCACCUCGAUCCCGUCAAGGAGCACCGCUUUUUCUGCCCGUGGAAGAACCCGAGAACGCAACGCCUGGGCAGCGCGAAGCCUGGCUCCGAAUCGGAUAUGGCGGCGUGGAAGUGCCUGGCACAGGUACUCAAGAACGACGCUUACCUACGUGGAGCGCUCGAUGAUCGCCCGAAGAACAGGUGGCACAGCAGAGGCGCCUCCGUACCAUCAACGCCGGUGCGCAGGGGUGUCGUGCCGCCCUUGACACCAGGGGGCUAUGACUCGCCAAGUGCCGCUUCAGAGCCGGGAGGGGACGACGAUGACAAGGCCCGGGACGCAAAAGACAAGGAGCGCUGGGCGCGUCUGCGAAGGGUGAAGAGUCUCUUCGAGUCGAAGAACGCGAAGAAGAUCCGCCGGCAGUUGAGCAGACCCGGAACGGCACAAUCGACCGUCUCGGGGGCCGCAACGGGGGAUAAGGAGUAAUUAUGACCAACGGAAUGCGUUUUAUUAUAUCACACUCACUUAGCAAUUUCAGGCUGGUACGGACGGACAGAGGAGUUCUUGAGGGUUAUGUUAUAGGGGGAGGAGAGCGGCGACGACAACGACGAUGACGACGACUGUUUGCAAUUUGUCUUGGUUCGAAUACCCGUAUGAUAGAACUUGUCCAAAGCGCUGAUCACCCUCAGCACCAAGCAAAACCAUACAUAGGCUUGAAGGUUGUCUGUAUACUUCUAUUCAUAUCUUUUCGUCGGAGAGUGUUCCCUAUC